AUGAAGUUGGAAUGGAAUGGCGAGACGUAUGACACGCAGCAUGAGAGGGACGUACUUGAGAAAUUGGAGCCUUCUGUAAAUGUGGAAAGACUUGACAUUAUUGGUUAUGGCGGUACAAAGUUUCCAAAUUGGGUUGGAAACUCUUCUUUCUCAAAUAUGGUGUCCUUGCGUCUUAGUGGAUGUAAAAACUGCACCUCCUUACCACCACUUGGGCAGCUGCCAUCUCUUGAAGAGCUCUGUAUUGAAGGAUUUGAUGAAGUUGUAGCUGUUGGUUUGGAGUUCUAUGGAAGUGAUCCUUUGACAGAGAAGCCGUUUAAAUCCCUCAAAAAAUUAAGCUUUGAGCAGAUGCCAGAAUGGAAAGAAUGGAAUACAGGUGUAGCUGGUGCUUUUCCUCUUCUUGAAGAUCUUCAAAUGCUUUCAUGUCCAAAGCUUGAGCGUUCGUUCCCAGCACCUCCCAAGCUCAUCCAAUUUAAUUUAAACUUCCUUUUAUUUACAACUCGUCACCCAGAUUCUUGUUGGAAUCUUACAGUUGGUAAAGGCUCCCUGUUAAAGAGCAUUAAGCGAGCUAGCUGUCUUUUCUCUUCUGUCACUCAAGUUAUAUUUAAAUGUCGUUCACUCAAGAGCUGUCAGCUAGACUUUUUGCCCCACCUUUCUAUGUUUAGAAUCUAUGGCUGUAAAAAUCUUGAAUCCCUUUGCAUAAGCGAGGGACCUCUUCUCUCUCUCCAAUAUUUGGCAGUCAGAGAUUGUCCUAAUCUGAAGUCGCUGCCAGAAAACAUGCAUUCCCUCCUCCCUUCCCUUCAGCAAUUGAAAUUGAGGCGUCUUCCACAACUUGAUUCAGUUCCAAAUGGGCGUUUGCCUUCCAAGUUAAAAUCCCUUUUGAUCCAUGAUUCUAUCAAACUCAACGCAUUAAGUCCAUCACUGCAAUCUCUCCUUUCUCUUUCAAGCUUCAGUUUUUGUGGGGACGAUGACGUGGAGUCCUUCCCUGGGGAGACACUGCUGCUGCCCUCCGCUCUUACAUUUCUUAGAAUCAACCGUUUGAGAAAGCUGAAAUAUCUGGACUACAAGGGGCUUCAGCACCUCACCUCUCUUCGCGAUGUGAUGAUCUGUGAAUGUCCUGAGCUUGAGCUCAUCCCAGAAGAGUCGCUGCCAUCCUCCACUGAAGACCUAAUCUUGGGUUUAAAAGAUCUGGACUACAAAGGCUUAAAGCACCUAACCUCUCUUCGCCAAUUGAAGAUCUGGAGUCGUGCUAGGCUUGAGCCCAUCCCAGAAGAGUUGCUACCCUCCCCCUUAAACACCUUGAAAUCUGGAAUCUGA